GGUAGGGUGUGUGUGAGUAAUUGGACGGAAAUAAACAAUGGAUUUAACAGCUGUUAAAUUGUGCCAUGAACACUCUCCCAUUCGGAUUUGAGGAAUAACUGGGGGAUUGAGUCGAUGGAGAUCUGGAGAUGCCACGAGGACAGCCUGUGAUCAUUAGACAGUUGUGACAGCAUUUCAGAGAUGUUCGGAGAACGCAGACGACUUGGGAGAACAGUCAGUCUCAACAGUAUUGUUUAAAUAUUGAUUAUGUUCAAUUUUUAACCUUUGGGGCUUGAUUUACUUGGAUUUUUCUGCUUUGAGUCACUCCUAGGAUGGCCUAUUCCAUUAAUCGACGACCACUGCUUGGGGGGAGUGAUAGUGAAUUUGAGGAUGACAUCGAGACGGAAAUGGAUGAUGCUAGUGUCUGUGUACCAGAUCAGAAGCAUCUGCUGCCUCUCCCCAGGGACAGGUACAAUAUCGCUUACAUCGUUUUUUAUCUACUGGGGAUAAAUACCCUGAUACCUUGGGCCUUCUUCGUCACUGCCGAUGAGUACUGGAUGUACAAGUUCAGGGAAAUCCAUCAAAACAACACAGGACUCCACAAUUAUACGCACACACAGAUUUUAGAGAAGAGAACAGAGCUGCAAGCGAGUUUUAUGUCUUAUCUGAACAUCGCAAGUGCCAUUCCAAGCACUUUAUUUUUAAUACUGAAUACAUUUCUUAGCAAAAUAUUGUCCCAGCAAGUGAGAAUGGUUGGGACACAAGCUCUUAUUCUUCUAUUAUUUAUCAUGACUACUGCAUUUGUUAAAAUCAAUACUGACGAGUGGCAGAAUACAUUUUUAAUUAUCGUUUUAACAUCAUUUGCUAUUGUUAAUGCAUUGAGUGCAGUUUUUGGAGGUAGUUUAAUGGGAAUAGUGGGUCGAUUCAAUCCAAAAUAUAUAACAGCAAUGACGAGUGGUCAAGCCCUCGGUGGAAUAUUCACAGCACUGACGGAAAUAGUGUCACUCUGGAUAGGAGCUAGCCCAGUUGUCUCUGGUCUCGUCUACUUCAUAAUCGGGGAUAUUGUCCUCCUCGCCUCCUUGAUCGCGUACAUUCUUAUCGAACGAGAGGAAUAUUUCUUGCAUCAUAUGGUGCAGAAGCCGAGGUCACAAGAACCCAAUUUUUCUGUCAAUGCUGAAGUUAGUUUCGUCGAGGGGCACAGGACUAAUUAUCUGAGUAUUUUGAAGAGAACUUGGCUUUAUUCUCUAGCCAUUUUUCUCACGUUUUUCAUUACUAUGGCUGUUUAUCCUGGCGUCACUGUCCUAGUGGAAAGCAAGGAUAAGGGAAAAGGAUAUGCGUGGAAUGAUAUCUACUUUGUACCUGUUGUCACAUAUCUGACGUUCAGCUGUGGAGAUUAUAUCGGCCGAUUGCUGGCUGGAAUUUUUCUCUGGCCAAAAGAUAAGCCGUGGGUGAUCGUGGCGUUUUCCAUUUCUCGAGUGUUCUUCAUCCCAGCAUUUAUGUUCUGCAAUGUCCAACCUCGUCAUCAUCUUCCUGUGUACAUAAACGAUGAUCUGUACUACAUUAUCCUCACAGUUAUCUUCGCCAUUGGCAAUGGCUAUCUGUGCAAUAUCGCAUUUAUCCUCGUCCCGACAAUUGUUGACCCCCACGACAAAGAAAUCGCCUCGGCAAUGAUGGGUGCUUUCCUCGGGCUAGGAAUUUCAAUUGGGUCUGCUCUCAGUUUAUUCCUAGUUAAAUCUCAAUUCACACUCUAGACGACUUAAUUUAAAUAAUUAUUUGUUUUAUAUUAUUAACGACAGAUUUUUUUAUUCUACUGAUUAAGUAUCUCAGCAAUUUUACUCUAAGACAUUCCUCGAAGAACGCACUAUGUACACAACAGUUUAUUCUUUAAUUCUUGUUAUAUCCCGCUCAAUCAUUGAAAUAAUUCAUCUUCCAUGUUCACAAAUUAGUCUCAAGGAAAGUUUAUUAAAUUUUUGUAAGAUAUAUCUGGUAUUCGGAAACGCAAUUCUAGUCUGUGGUGUGUAUAUAAGUGUGAAUAUGUAUUGCAAAAAAUGAUUAGGUUCUGGUCCAUAUUGGAAUCACCAAAUAAUAAAUGCAUUGAUUAUCGUGAUAAUAACUUCAAUAAUUUUAUUUGUAAUAAAAAAAUUACUAUUUUCAGUCAUACAGUGGCUUUUAACAUAGUGAGAAUUUUCCUGAGUGAUCAGCUCGAGGAAAAAAAUCGAAGGACGAAGUGAUUUUAGAUAAUUCAUUGUCUAGAUCUUCGUGAAAUUACUGUCUCUAAAAAUAAUAUUACUUCACAGAAUGAGACUAGUAUCGAACAUAACGUCAUCAGAA